UUGUGCUUCUGUUCCUGAGUUUGAUGUAUUUCUACAAACAUAUAUAUAAAUGCUAUGAAGGAAUUGCUUUCAUAACCACAACGCCCAGCUAGGCAGGGUACCAGCACAACUCACCAGGACACUGGCAGGUGCAAGCUUGGGGAUCCCUCUCUCAUCAGUGGGGGAAAUACACCCAAAGCCCAUCCAAUCUACCUGCAGCUUUUACCUGCUGGCCCUCCUCCUGCCUUCUCCUGGUGAUCAGAGGAGGUGAGGGCCCCCCCGGACAGACUAGUGAGUGGGGCAGUCGGGGGGUGAUUCCAAUGUGCAACGGUUCUGGGCCGUGACCUUUAACAUCCAGAACCAACCCUGCUGGGUGCUUCCCACACCAAGUCCACCCACGCAGCUAUGUCGAAGGACGAAGUGAGCUGUAAGCUGACAUCGGUCUACAAGCACAAGGAACGAAAGCCUAAGAAGCCCCAUUACAUCCCAAGGCCAUGGGGGAAGCCGUACAACUACAAGUGCUUCCAAUGCCCUUUCACGUGCAUGGAGAAGUCCCACCUGUAUAACCACAUGAAGUACAGCCUGUGCAAGAACUCGCUUUCUCUGCUCAUCGAGUCCGACUGGCCCUACAAGAAGGGGAACUUGCUGCACCCUGAGCUCCGUCUCCUGCAGGCCACGGAGGCUUCCCGGCUCCACGGGAGGAGACACGAGCACGAGGCCUGUGAAUCCCCAGCUGUGGUGAGAGGCAUGGCUAAUCCCAAGCAGGCCACAGAUGGGGACGGUGAAGGCAACAAGGUGGCGGCAGCGGCUGAAGCCCUGUCUUCAGAAGGGAUGACCACAGAUGCCAGCCAGUUCCAAGAAGAGGAGGAGGAAGAUGUUGCUGGGAUGCUGAGGGAGAUGGAUGCAGGAGAGAAGAAGGAGAAAGUGAAGGAGAUGGGUUGCUCUGGUGACCCAGCUGAGCCAGACUCCCUGCUCUUCAGGUUCAAGAACAAGAGGGACAAGCCUUGCAAAGAGGCUGAGCCCGACUUCAUCAUCACGGAUGUUUUCUCCCUGAAGAACCAUGUGACGAAGGGCAAGGAAAUGGCUCCUCCAGAGUUAGAAGCCAAGCCAAAGCAUUGCCAGGGGCCAAAACAAUGCCUGGGGAGUGGCGGGGUCCUCAUGGAGCAGUGGAAGCUGAUUGCCAAUGGACAAAGAAGGGGCAACACUGAAGUCUCCUCACCAUGUACUGAAGGCAACAUCAUCCCCUGCUAUCCCCCUCCAGCCUACAGCGACUACCAUGAACCUCAGGGCCUCAACCUCUCAUUGCUGGGUAUCAACUAUCCGCUGAACCCUGGCCUCUUCUCCUAUCUCGGUCCCAGCAUGGCCAAUAGCACCACGCCACACCCACAGCUGACCCAGCUGCCCUUCCUGGCCUCCACUGCCCAGCUGAUGCACCCGCACGCUGUGCACUUCCAGCCCCUCCAGACCCCUGAGCGAUCGGCCUUCCUCCCACGAUUCUACUACCCCCUGCUCUUUGAACACACCUUUGGCUCAGCAGAAAGCAAGACGGCGGCAGGCAAAGCAGAGGCCCAGGCCCCGGCAGGGUCUGCCAUGCCCACUCCUAUCCAAGCCAAAACCACGAAUGAGCCACCAAAGGCAGAGCUGCUGAAGGUGCCGGUGCUGAAGGCUAGUCUUCCUUGGGCGAAAGGUGCCAGGGAGGAGCCAUCUCCUGACCUCAGCCAUAAAGCCAUGCUGGUCGAGGAGGAAGAGGAGAAAUGGCUGGCACAAGAAAAGGAAAGCAACUCAGCCUUGGGCAUCAACAGCCUCCGCAAAAAGCCAGUUUCCGACAUCUACCGGAACCCCGUGGGGAUAAAAGAUGGGGCCGUUCUCCCCAACGGCAUCAGGAAGGCGGAGUUACCAGUAGUCGCCUGCUUGGAGAACACUGGCUGCUCAGCCAGCUCCUUGAAGAGGAAGUUCAUUGGGAGAGGACUCGAGCCCAUGGGAUAUGAAACGCUGAUGCCUGGAAAAUUAGGCCACCAAACCAGUGGUUUGAGAGCCACCCCCACCCAGCUCCCAAAGUCCCUGGACCACUGGCACAUGGAAUUUCAUGCCUGCAUGCUUGAAGACCAGGAGACGGCCAGUGGCUCUGAUGUCCUGUCCCCUGUGAUUAUGGCCUCUGAUCACCCCCUGUGUAAGCAGAACAAAGUACACGGGACUUUCACCAGCACAACAGACCCAGAGGCCACAACUGUGCUCAUUGGGGACCUGUCAAAAACCUUGGAGGAGUACCAGGAGGUGGAGAAGAAACUCUCUGACUUGGCAAAGGAAGACAGCCCUGGGCAGAAGCAGUUGAGGGAACAGCUGGUCAAAAUCCGAAGGGAGCUCUAUCACAUCCAUCAGGCGCUGGAGAAAGCCACUAAGCCCCAUGAAGGCCCUCUGGACCUCUCAGUGAAAAGGUCCCCAGAGAGCCCUGAGAAGGGCCACCAGGCCAAGGAAGAACCCUGCAAGGCCAAACUAGAAGAUGAGAGGCUCCAGUGCAAAGAGCAAGGUGCCAUAAGCAGAUGCUUGGCAGCCAGCGAAGCCAGGGAUGGGGAUGGGAUGCCAAAUUGCAUUCUGGAUGCUGAGAACAAAACCAUCGACCUGCUGAUCAAGAUGAGCCGGUCAGAGAACCUCCGGGCAUCAUCCUCCGAGGCCCACCUGGGUGCCGUGAUCAAAGCCGAGCUGCUGCCACUCAGCAUGCCCCUGGAGCUCCGUCACGUCAUGGAGCCCUACUACAGCCGCACCACCAAGUGCGAAGCAGACUCCAGUGUGCUGCUCUGCACAGACGGGAGAGCCAGUGCCACCCAAGGCUCUCAGAUCCCAGGAACCGAGGAAAGGCCGCUGAACUGCCGGGCCAUGCAGCACUCCCUGUCCUGUGGCCUCCCCAGUGAGACAGACACUGGGUGUAUCCACAGCCCUUUAAACGCAGACCCAUGAUCCCGCUGGGCUCCUGCCCAGAGCUCUGUGCAUUCGCUGAUAACCUCUUCUCACUCUCAACCUCCCGAGCCCGUUCCCACCAGACAAAGGCUUAGCGGCUGCCUGGCUGCGAGGCCACAUAGCGCUUUGCUCUCUAACUACCCAUGACAGGUUCCAUAAGGUAUAAAAACCAAUCCCUUCUUCAUCCCCCUUCCAGCUGCUAUGCACAGCGCUCAUGGCUUUACACAUCCUGCUGCCUACAUCCUGAGCCUGCAGCUCCUUCCACUCGAAUGCAAGGCAGUUGGCGAGGAAGGGCAGGGGCUUCUGUGUAACUGAGGCUCAGCCAUCUUCCCACCGCAGCCACCCAGAUGGGGUGUCUUCUUGUGGCUGAUUGUAGAGACUUGGGGGACCCCCAAAAACCAGCAUUGGUGAAUCAGCAAAGACCGAGACAGAUGAUCUGAGACAGGCCUAGUGCCUGCUGAGCCCUACAGAACAAAGAGCUGAGACUGAAAUGAACUGAAAUGACCAUCUCAUCUGAGAAAGCUGAGGCAGGGAGCUUACAGCUGCUGUGUAGCCACAGGGAGCAGACACCCGGAUUAACCUCACUGCAUGCUGGAUGGUUCCACUUGCUCCAUAUAAUAAAUCCGAGAGCAGCUGUGGCUGUAGCUAUAAGACUGAUCCUGAAGGAGAGACUUUAAUGUUGGGGCAUCCUCUCCCCUUUGAAACUUGCUCCACAGCGCUAGAGGGCUGUAUUGUACUCAGACAUCUGGUGAGCAGUGGGGACAUGGUCUUGUCCAGGAGCUUGGCCACUCUUAGAGGGCCUGGCCCUUUCCUUUGUCUCACGUUUAAAUACCCUCCCCUGCACUGUACCUUGAUAUGAAGUCAUUUCAGAGGCAAAGCCCCAGAUCCAGUCCCUGGCAUGCUAUCUCCUGGAGAAGGAGCCAUUCCCCAGAGCUCCUUUUUGUUCAUUAAAAAAUUACCCCUAUCUAUAAGGUCAUGAAUCCAGAUAAUAAGAGGGCCGAAAACCCCGCUGAUGUAAACAGCGGGGCGGGGGCAGCAGAGCAGUCUGAGGCGCUGCUAUCAGUUAGGCGGCUCCUUUGCUAUAAUGAUUUGAAAGAGACUUCAGCUUUCAAGGCCUCCUAGAGAUUCCAGCUGGCCGACUGGUCCCUACUGCCCCGAGCUGAUCCUCUGGGAGGCUCUCUCAUCUCCAGUCAGUUGCUCGCAUGGAAGAGGCUUCUCCAGAAGUGCUGAGGCAGCUGAGCAACAGCAGCCUGCCCAACCAGCCAGCAGAACCCCUGUGACUUUCAAUACUGGGUAAGACCUCCACCUCUCUGGAACUUCACCUUCUCCCUGUGUCUCUUCCUCAUUGGAUGGUAGGAUUCCAGAGCUGCUCAUUGCUGGAGUCUCCUGCUUCCCGGUCUGCUUCUGCCACUACCCAUUCAUCAGUGGUAAUGAAGGGAGAAUGGAUUUGGCAUAGAGACUUCAAAUCACCCCAUUGCAGAAAUCCAUUCCAGUACAGGAGCAUGGAUAUCCGCCCCCAUGUCUCCCAUGCUUUUGACAGAAAAAAAACAGCUUCUCAGAGGUCCCCUGGCCUCCUGAAGAGUAGUGUCCAUCCCCUGAAACCAGUGCUGCCCACAGAGGUGAAAGUAAGUCGGUCCAGUCUGGUAAGGCAUACCGGCAAGAGCCAACCGUAUCAGCAGAGGGCAGCUUCCCCAGG